GGGGGCGUGGGAGGGGGAGCCGGCCCCUGGCUCCUCCCCCUGCCGGGCGCUCUGGGGAGGGGCGAGGCGGGAACCCCGGGGGCGCCCAGGCAGCCGAGCUUUCUGGGGAACUUGGCCGGGAGCUGGCGGCUCAGAGCUGAAGCUGGCGAGAGAGGUGCUGCUUUCCCUCUCCUGCACCCACUCGAUGCGGGGGACGUCCCGAGGAGAAGGCCAGGGGCCAAAGCUGGGGGAGGGGGGAGAACGUCGGGUGGGUUCCGCUGGCUUCCGAGGAGCCGCCCUCUCCUUUUCCCUCCCCCCAACCCAGCAAUCCAGGCGGCGUUGGGCUGGAGCCCCACUGAGACUCAGCAGGUCUCUGCUUGGAGGAGAGGGCUGGGGGUGGGGCCGCCACCCAGGAGGAUUCUCUGACUUCAGAAUCGGCCAUUUACAAACUAAAAUUAAGCUGUAAUAAAUGAUUAAAAAACAUCCGCCCCCCUGGCCUCUUCCCCUGGGCUUGGGCAGUACCAGGCAAGACGCACCCGCGGGGGCCCCGGACGCCCUGGAAGGGGCAGCAGCCGGUGCGGGGAUGUGGGUGCUGGGGGGUGGGGGUCUGGGAGCAGAACUCCUCUGGACUGCUGUUCUCCAAGAGGCCGGAGCCGGGCUCUCCACACAGACCACAAAGACACAGAAGUGACCCAUUUUCCUCGUUGCAAUGGACACGUAUAUAUUGGAAAACAAAACCGAGGAGCCGGGCCGGGAGCUGGGGUUGGCCAGUUCCGGAGCUCUGGGCGAGGUCUCCCGGGAAGGUGGCUGCCCAGCAGAGGGGCAGGAAGGGGCUGGGGGCUCCGAUCCAUCCUGCCCCGGCUCAGAGGGGCCAAGUUCCGGGGGGAGAAGCUAAGCUCGGGGCCCUGGGAGGAGCUGCCAGGGAAGGAGAAGCAGGCUUUUAAGGUGGCCUUAUGGGAGACUGGCUGGGCACAAGCCAUUGGGCGGUUCCAAGACCCCGCACUUACUAAGACCCCCGUCCAAUCCCUUCCCUUGUCUAGACCUCAGUAAAGGGAUGCUGCUGGGCCAGGAGAGCGCUAAGCUCUCAUCCAGCUCCCAAGCUUAGGAGAGGUAGGGCCUGGCUCGGAGAAGCCCGGAGAGCAGCAGGUGGCCAAUGACCUGUCCAUGGGUGCCAACCCCGGAGACCUCACCAACGUCUCUGGCACAGCCUGGACCUUGGGCAGUGCCUUCUUCUUCGCGGGCACCAUCAUCACCACCAUCGGCUACGGGAACAUGGUCCUGCUCACAGACGAGGCUCGCAUUUUCUGCAUCUUUUAUGCGCUGGUGGGGAUCCCGCUGUUCGGGAUGCUGUUGGCCGGGGUCGGCGACAAGCUGGGCUCUUCCCUGCGCCGGGGCAUCGGCCACGUGGAAGCCAUCUUCUUGAAGUGGAAGGUCCAGCCGGCCCUGGUCCGCUCGCUCUCGGCCAUGCUCUUCCUCUUGGUUGGCUGCCUCCUUUUCGUCUUGGCGCCCAUGUUCGUUUUCCGCUACAUCGAGGGCUGGAGCACGCUGGAAGCGCUCUACUUCAUCAUCGUGACGCUCACCACCGUGGGCUUCGGGGACUUCGUGCCCGGCACGAACCCCGAGCAGUUCCCGGCCUACCAGCCCAUGGUCUGGUUCUGGAUUCUGAUGGGCCUCGCCUACUUCGCCUCCAUCCUCACCAUGAUCGGGAACUGGCUCCGGGUCGUGUCGGCGCGGACUCGGGCUGAGAUGGGCGACCUUACGGCUCAUGCAGCCAGCUGGACCGGCACGGUGACGGCGCGGAUGACGCAGCGCGCCGGGGCGGACGCGCGGGAGCCGGAGCCGCCACUCCCCGAGAAGCCGAGCUCCGGGCCGCCCCCGACGCCCCCCGCCAAGCCGGGAGCGGGGUCGCCCAGCCUGGAGAAGGCGAAGCCCCCUUCCUCGGCGCCCACGAGCUCGGUUUCAGCGCCCCUCGAUUACCCGGGAGAGAACUUCGCCUUCAUCGACGAGUCUUCAGACACGCAGAGCGAGCGGGGAAGCGUGCUCCCGCGCAGCCGCCGAGCCGGCCUCAAGCAGCCCAGGAAACCCGCGAGGCCUCGCCACUCCCGCCACGGCCCAGACAAGAGGGAGCUGGCCUAGCCGGGCGGCCGCUCAGGCGCAGCCCUCGUGGGCUCCUGCUCCUCUCGCCUCCCUCCGGGUUUUCGUUCAGCCAAAGAGCUCCCAUUCUCCGGGGAGUGGGGCAUCCUGGGAACCGGUGCUCCUGUCCUAAAAGCUCCCUGCCUGUCUUCCCUCCCCGGACCCUCCCGCCCGGGCUUCCUACUCAAUAAAGUCUUCCGUGCGCCUGC